AUGUGGCCCGCGGCGCGGCGGCGGCGGCGUGGGGGCGCAGGCGAGGCGGGGGUGUACUGGGAGUGCCUCAAGAACCACGCGGCGAGCCUGGACGGGCACGCCCUGGACGGGUAUGGCGAGUUCAUGCCGUCGCCAGAGGCCGGCCCCGCUGACCCGGCCUCGCUCCAGUGCGCCGCCUGCGGGUGCCACCGCAACUUCCACUACCGGCUCCGCGAGGCACCGCCCUCGCCGCCUCUCCUCACGCUGCCUCAUCCCCUUCCCGCGCAGCCGGCUCCAGUGCCGCAGCACGUGAUGCGUGAGGCGCCGGAGGACCGCCUGCCGGCUGCCUUCGAGGACGACGAGUUGGACGAGGGGUCGGACUUCGACGAGGAUUGCCCGCUGUCGCCGCUGCCGGCACCGGCGAUGGGGCCGCCGAGAUACCUCCAGCCGGCGCCGCACAUGCUCCUUGCGCUGAGCACCGGCGCGCCGAGCGCCUCGAUCCCCACGAUGGUGCCGAGGCCGCCGGCCUCACUGGGCUCGAUGCCGGCGCUAGGUGCCGGUUCGGCGGCGGCACGGAAGCGGUUCCGCACCAAGUUCAUCCCGGAGCAGAAGCAGCGGAUGCAGGCGCUGUCGGAGCGGCUGGGGUGCCAUUUGCAGAUGGUGCUCUAG